AUGUUAUGUAACCCGACGGCGGAUACGAACAAGAAGAAGGCACUACUUUUGCACAACGCUGGGCUGGAGGUACAGGAAGUCUACUUUGAUGAUCCGAAUCGCGAGGCAGCAGUACCGGCGACGUCGGAUGCAUACAAGGAAACAAUAAAACUACUCGACAAGCAUUUUAAACCGAUUGUAUCGAUUCCGCACGAACGGGCUCUGUUCAGGAAAAUGGCCCAGAAAGAUGGAGAAAGCAUCAUUAAAUUUAGCAGACGACUUCGACAUCACGGCGGAGUGUGCGAUUAUGGAAAUGCCCUUGAACUGCGAAUUACGGAACAGAUCUAUGAUGGAACUUCUUCGAACGCCUUGCGAGAAGCGAUUCUUAAGAAAAGAUUGGUAGAGUUGAACGAUAUCUUGGAAGAAGGCAGAGUUUUGGAAACCAUCGAUCAUAGUCAUCCUGGUUUAGCUGCAAUGGAAGAGCAAGUCGAUGUAAAUCGCGUUAGAAGUGGACAAAAGCAGUGCUUCCGGUGUGGAUCGUUUAGUCACUAUGCAAAUGACAAAAAGUGUCCAGCACGAAAGAAAACUUGCGACAAGUGCGGUAUAAUCGGACAUUAUAAGAAGUUUUGCAAAACAAAAAGUACUACAUCCAAGAAGAAGAAGGUUCGACAAGUGGACGACACAGAUGACAGCGACGAUGUUGCCGAACCAGAGGUGGAUAGUGACGACAGCACGGACAGCGAUAUCCAGCACAUUUUCUCUGCCACACUGGUACACUCGUCAGGAAGCGACAGUGUUCAUCCGGUUUUCACAUUUGGCGAUAAGUAUAAUACAAAAAUACCGUGCAUAGUGGGCGGAGUGAAAAUCCAGUGGAUUAUCGAUUCUGGCGCCUCUGUCAAUGUUAUCGGUGAAAAAACCUGGAAGAAGCUCAAGAAACAAAACUGCAAAGUAAGCUACGAAAGCGACGAACCUAGGAAAAAGCUACUGGCAUAUGGAAACCACCGGCUUCUAGUGAAAGGAGUGUUUAAAACCGACAUCAAUCAUGGUUCGUCUACAGUUCAUCGAGAAAUCUAUGUGGUGGAAGGCAAUGGAACUAAUCUACUGGGAAAGACAACAUCAAUUGAUCUUGGAGUGCUACAAAUCAAGCAAGAGGUGAUGCAAAUUAGCGACAAAAUUCCCCAGAUACACAUGGCAACAAUCGGCAAAGCGAAGGAUGUUCUCGUAACCAUUAACGUUGAUCGAAGCGUUCACCCAAUUCAACAAGCCUGUCGCAGAUUACCGAUUCCAUUACAACAAACAGUUGAAGAAGAACUGAAGAAGUUAUUAGACCAAGAUAUUAUUGAACCGGCAUCUAACAAAAUCACGUGGGCUUCGCCUCUAGUGGUGACACCAAAGGAUGGAGGGAGGCGAGUGAGACUAUGCGUCGAUAUGCGGAAAGCGAAUAGUGCGAUUAUUCCUCAACGGCACCCAUUGCCUACGUUUGAUGAGAUAAUGCCCCAUCUCGAUGGCUGCAAAGUGUUUUCGAAGGUGGACCUAAAUCAAGCCUUUCAUCAACUAGAGUUACAUCCUGAUUCUCGCGAUAUAACUACAUUUGUUACACCGAAAGCCUAUUACCGGUUCAAACGUUUAAUGUUUGGCAUGAACUGUUCUGCCGAAAUAUUUCAACGCGAGUUGGAACGCAUACUGAAAGGCUUGGAUGGAAUAAGGCAUUUCAUCGAUGAUGUGCUGGUAUUUGGACGAAAUAAAGCAGAACACGAUAGGCGGUUGAGCGCACUACUGAAGCGACUCGAGGAAUACGGUCUCACAAUAAACAUGUCAAAAUGUCAGUUCGGACGUUCAUCAGUAACUUUUAUGGAACAUGAGCUGCAAGAAAAUGGUAUACUACCCGCACACGGAAAACUAGCUACUAUUAAAUCGUUCCGACACCCGGAGUCAGCCGAAGAAGUUAGGAGUUUUCUGGGACUGGCGAAUUACGUGGGUAAGUUUAUACCUAAACUAGCGAGCAUCAGUACCCCACUGCGAGAGAUGAUCCAGGAUGGUGCUCGGUUUCGCUGGACGGAUGACACUCAAAAAGCAUUCGACGCGAUUAAGGCAGCUCUCUCAAACCCCCAACAUUUGGGAUAUUACAACCCUGAAAGUGACACAACGCUAAUCGUAGAUGCUAGUGCCACUGGACUCGGAGCGGUACUCCUACAAACGGAUCGAGACAGGUCCAGAAUUAUAAGCUACGCCAGCAAAAGCCUAUCUAAAACAGAACGAAAAUAUUCAGCAUUAGAUAAGGAAGCUAUGGCAAUAUAUUGGGGAGUUGGACGUUUUGACAUGUAUUUGCGUGGAAAAUUUUUCACCAUUUUGACAGACCACAAGCCGUUGCUGAACAUUUUCGACAAGGAUUCUUCGCCAAACGCUCGUCAGCAGCGAUGGAUAUUGCAGCUACAAGGAUAUCGAUUCAAACUGCUACACGUGCCAGGGAAGAAGUAUAUAGCCGAUCCACUUUCAAGGUUGGCUCAAACGGUAGUAGUUAGCAGCUGCGACAAGGACUGUGAAAAAGAUCUGUGUGCAAUCAUCGAAAGCACCUUACCACAAACUGUAACCAUGUCGGAACUAAUCCGGCAAUCUGAAGCGGACGAAGAAAUACAAAGGAUUCACAGUGCAAUUAGGAUCAGCGAGUGGACUUCAGAACUCAAACGAUAUCAACCAUUCCAGAGCGCUUUUUGUUCGGUGGGUCAAGUGGUAUUGCGGAAUAACAAAAUCGUAGUUCCGUUUGAGUUACGUAAACAGGUUUUGGAUUUAGCGCACACCGGACACCCUGGAAGCAGCAAAAUGAAGCGGAGAUUACGCGCCGCUCUCUGGUGGCCAGGUAUUGAUGCCGAGGUAGAGCAGAAGUGUAAAAACUGUUUGGAAUGUCAGGCUGUUGGGAAACAAAUCAAUCCAGAACCGUUGAUAAUUCGUGAAAUGCCAACCAAAGCGUGGAGUCAUCUUUGUGCCGAUUUCCUCGGUCCACUACCCAAUGGAAAGUUUAUAUUCGUAAUGGUGGAUUUUUAUAGUAGAUAUGUGGUUGUCGAAAUAAUGACGAAAAUCACGUCUGCUGCUGUUAUCCAGCGUCUAGAGCAAAUAUUCACUCGAUUGGGUCUACCAGAUGUUCUAAAAACAGAUAACGCGGCAAACUUCUGCAGUCAAGAGUUCAGAGACUACUGUACAGACAACGGCAUAAAACUUACUCAUACGACCCCGUAUUGGCCGGCUGCAAACGGAGAAGUCGAGAGGUAG